AUGUCUGACGAUGAGGAGCGCGUCACCAUGCCUUUCAAGUUCGUGACUGGCUUCGAUGCCCGCUUUCCGAACCAGAACCAGACCAAGCACUGCUGGCAAAACUACGUUGACUACCACAAGUGCAUCCUUGCCAAGGGCGAGGACUUCAAGCCAUGCCGCCAGUUCUUCCUCGCCUACCGCUCACUUUGCCCGGCUUCUUGGACACAGAGAUGGGAUGAUCAGAGAGACGCCGGCACUUUCCCCACGAGAUUGGAUCAAUAG